CUCCCGUUGAAAAAAAUAACGCCAUCACCUGUUCUGCAAACUUUUUACAGCACUCCUUCUUCGUUUACUUCGAAAUGCUUGCCAGUCGCGCGACUUUGGUAUCGCGCCAUGCCGGCCGCGCCCGGAUUGCUGCAAAGGCUUCUGAGAUUCGGAAUCUCGCGACAGUAGCCCCCGUGAGCUCAGCUGCUCGGAACCACAAAGUUGUUGUAGUCGGAGGCGGCAGCGCAGGUCUGACCAUUAGCCACCAGCUGUUGCGGUCCGGCCGGUUUUCUCAGGAUGACAUUGCUGUUGUUGAUCCAGCCGAAUGGCACCACUAUCAGCCAGGCUGGACGUUGGUAGGCGGUGGCCUCAAGUCAAAGCAAGAAUUGCGAAGGCCCCUCGAGAGCCUGGUUGACCCCAAACUCAAGUUCUACCAGCAGGGAGUAAGCUCCUUCAACCCCGAGGAGAACAACAUCAAGCUUGGAAACGGCGAUAAACUUGGCUACGAGCAGCUCGUUGUCGCUCCUGGUAUCAACAUCGAUUACGGCAGUGUCAAGGGCUUGCCCGAGGCUCUUGCAGACCCCGGUUCCCUUGUGUCUUCUAUCUACGGCUAUGACACUUGUGACAAGGUAUUCGGCACCUUCGGAAGACUUCAGAAGGGAAACGCAAUCUUUACCCAACCCGCCGGUGUGAUCAAGUGUGCUGGCGCUCCCCAGAAGAUCAUGUGGCUUGCCCUCGACCACUGGAAGCGUGCCGGCCUGUAUAACCCCAACGACCCGGCAAGCUCGUCCAUUAAGAUCAGCUUUGCCACUGGCCUUCCCACCAUGUUUGGUGUCCCCAAAUACAGCGCAAAGCUUGAAGAAUUGCGCAAGGAAAGGGGUGUCGAGGGACUCUUUCAGCAUGAUCUUCUCUCCGUGGACGGUAACACAGCCACCUUCGGCCGUCCUGAUGGAAAGGAAAAGGUCACAAAGCAGUUUGACCUCAUGCAUGUCGUUCCGAAAAUGGGGCCCCAUGCUUUCGUCAAGAGCAGCCCUCUCGCCGACGCUGCUGGCUAUGUCAGUGUUGAUCAAGCAACAACCCGACACACCAAAUUCCCCAAUGUCUGGUCGGCAGGUGAUGCAUCUAGUCUCCCCACCUCCAAGACUGCUGCCGCAAUUACAUCUCAGGCCCCCAUCCUUGUCAGCAACCUGCUGCGGUCGUUGGACGGCGCUGAGCCUCAACCUUCUUACGAUGGCUAUACCUCUUGCCCGAUUCCUACAGAGUAUGGUAAACUAUUGCUUGCUGAGUUCAAGUAUGGGGGAGUUCCCAAGGAGACUUUUGGCGACCUCAUUGGAUUCGAUCAAGCAGUCCCUAGACGUGCGUUUUACCACUUGAAGAAGGACUUCUUCCCGUGGGUUUACUACACCUCCAUGGUGAAAGGAACUUGGGGUGGCCCUAAUGGCUGGAGAAACUGAUCUCGCCGUCUGAGCACGUGUGACCUGUACUAGCUAUGUAUUCCUAGGAGUAGAGUGGCGGUAAAAGUCUUGAAUCCGCGCGGUUUCCGGUCGAUCUUUAGAUUUCUCUACUGGCUGUGUGAUUUAAUUGCGAGAUCUGUUUCACUUGGUUAUCUUCCUUGAGGACCUGUGCUGUCCCAGCGAAUGUGAGUGGCCGUCAAUCCAUUGUAGUACCUGCAGUAGCGCGUGGUUAGUUGGAUAUGUAGUGAAUCGUGCGUGUCGGUUGAUCCAGCAUUCGGGGAUGUUGCCCGCGGAGGUUCUUUUGAAAGCGACUUGGUUAUACGUGCCG